GCCAGAAAUAGACAGCCCCAUGUAGCAAAUACAUCAACCCGGACACGUUCCGUAUUGCACUGGGAACAGCUAAACAAUGUGCGAAAAUAGUCUUUUUAAGACGCGCAAUUGCCGGCCGCCCUCAUUUCGGAGUCAACAGAGGAUCGUCGCCCCCACACAAUUAGUUUCCCUCUCAGCGUCACGAUAGUAAAACCUCUAUCAAUCACUUACAACCUUCAAGAUUCUGAAUGCAACAACCUUCUUUUCAUAGUGUAGUGAGCGUAUUGCGCUUAAACACGUUACUUCCGCUCCGCGAGCAGCGGACGGAAGUUCCAUAGGAAAGCCGGCAAGGACAGAACACAGAACCAGCUGCUUUCUCAUACAGUUACAAGUACAACGAAACAACGAACUCCUGCCCUGCUGUUCCUUGGUAACUCACUGCGGCCAGGAUCUAUGGAGUCCACACGUGAUGUCGUCCUAAAGAAGUACAUGAAGUUGGAGCAACCCGAAGAUGUCGUCUUCGUCACGUACGUCUUCGUUGAUGGCUCGUUGCAGAACGUUCGCUGCAAGACGCGAGCCCUCAGUUUUCAACCCCGCACUCCUCAAGAAUGUCCGGAGUGGACCUUUUGUGGUAUAGGCACCUACCAGUACACUGACGCUGGCCCCAAGUCGGAGUUCUACCUCGUCCCCGUCGCACUUUUCAAGGAUCCAUUCAUUGGAGGGCGUAACAUGCUCGUUCUCUGUGAAGUACUGGACCAGGAUCGGAAACCUAUACCUACCAACACUAGGAGAUCUUGCUACAAAGCAAUGGAGAACGCUGCCGGCGAUGAACCAUGGUUCGGGAUUGAACAAGAGUACGUUAUCCUUGAGAAGGAUGACCGUCCAAUAGGCUGGCCCAGAGAUGGAGGGGAGGUCAAACAAUACGGACCCUAUUUCUACGGCGUCGGCACUGGGAACGUCGCCGGAAGAUGUGUUUCCAUUGCUCACAUGAAAGCCUGUGCGUACGCCGGUGUCAAGAUAUGCGGCGUCAAUGCUGAAGUUCACUUAGCUCAGUGGGAGUAUCAAGUAGGGCCAUUGCCUGGUGUCGAAGCAGGAGAUCACCUAUGGAUUUCAAGGUACAUCUUGCACCGCAUUGCCGAAGAGUUUGGUGUUAAAGUCACCUUCAAUCCUAAGCCUUACUAUGAUCCGGACUGGUUGGGCUCUGGUGGACACAUCAAUUUCAGCACGCGCCAAAUGAGGCAGAUCGAUGGGAUCGCAUUCAUCAAAGGAGCCAUUGAAAAACUCCAGGCGAAGGCAGACGAGCACUUGGUGCUGUAUGAUCCGGAAGGUGGCAAGAGCAACGCAAGACGUCUCAUAGGCACAUUGGGAACCCCAACUAAGCAGUUCGACGCGAUGGCAUCGUCUCGCGAAGUCAGCAUCCGCAUCCCGAGAUUGGUGGACGAUGCAGGUUGCGGAUACCUGGAAGAUCGCCGACCAGGUGCCAACGUAGAACCUUAUAGGGCCACCGAAGCAAUCGUCAACACGGUUUGCCUUAGUUAAACCGGGUACCAUUAGCCAUUAGUAGGUUAUUUUUGCCAGAAGAGGUAAGAGGAUACCCAAGGCUCCAGUUAGCGGGCGAGAAAGCAAGAACCUAAAUGGAGCAAAAUAUUUUGCCACUUUUACAACUUUCAGUCGUGCAACUUUGCUUUCACAACGUCUUUCACGAAAAUCGAAUCAGCAGUUCAAGUUCGUUCUUUUUCGUGACAUUAAUAUAACUUUUAUUUAAUUCUGCAUACGAUGGAAAUAGGCUCUCUCUGCACAUUAUCGUGUUCGCAAUGCGUUGUACUGUACCACAGUGUCGAGUUUCUGCAUCCUGUAUCUACGUGGACAUGUAUUAAAUGUCUCUCAACAACAACUUUAUUGAGAGAUGAUGAA